GGUUCGUUUUUUUCAUUUUAAAAAAAUAUAAAAGAUCGCAUAAAUUUAAACUUUUUAUUCUCUUUUUUCCCCUUUUUUUAUUUUUUUGUUGUUGUUGUUGCUCUGCAUCACUUUAGAACUCCCUUUAUUCUGACGUAUCAUGAAACGACAUGAAUCAUCCAGUUCUUCUCCUGAUGAUAUACGACCUUUAAAAAGAAAAUUAGACUAUCCUCCAGAAGCCAUUCAGACAGAUAAGAAUGCAAACUUGGAAAGACAAAAAAUGCAGCAGUUGGAAAAUAUGGGUAAUCACGAUCUAUGCGAUGCUUGUGGCGGUGUAGGCCAAUUUCUUUGUUGUGAUGCAUGUCCAAAUGCAUUUCACUUUUCAUGUGUUGAACCACCCAUGGAUUCAACUGAUGUUGAACAAUUGACUGGUAAAUGGUUUUGUAAUGAGUGUGAAUAUAAACAAGGAAAACCUAUUCCAAAAGGACCUAAAGGGUUAUUUAAGCAACUGGUAGAAGAUAUUAGUAUACAGAAUCCAAAAUCAUAUAAAUUACCUGAUGAAAUCAUUGAUUUCUUUCAAGGAGUUACUUUGGAUGACUCUGGUAAUUACAUAGAUACAACACAAAUUAAGCCUAGUCGAUACAAAAACGGAAAUAGCAUCAAUCCAGACAUACUUGACUAUAGCACAAUGAAGGAUAAAAAUGGAAAAUUUAUAAGGUGCUAUCAUUGUAGAAAGAUAGCAUUCAAAAAAUUAAUGAUUGCCUGUGAUUAUUGUUCUUUAUACUGGCAUCUUGACUGUCUAACCCCUCCUAUGGCUGGUCCCCCCAACUCUUCUAGGAGAUGGAGGUGUCCGAACCAUAUUGAGAAUGUCAUUGUAAGAAUUGCUCUUAUAUUUAAGCUCUUUAGUUUAACAUUCAUAUUAGAAACCUACAAGACAGCAAAAACAUCCUGAGAUCAUUCAUGUUGAUCAUUCCCCUUGUGUAUAUAAAAAUUAUUUCAACAUUAUUAUUAAAGAAGAGCAAGAACAAGAAGAAAAAG